AUGAGCGACAUCGAUCUGAUUUUGGUUUACAGCAAGGACUUGGCUUCGAACCCCACGGCCCUCCAGGUCGUUACGGAUCUGGAGAACGGCUUUCAGAAGUAUAUGGACAUGCAGAACUACAACUCCUCCAACGUGACCACGGGUACGUCAUACGACUGGAUGAAGUGCUUCUCGGGUAUCCACCACAUGUCAGCCAUGUUGAACCCAGAGCAAGACGUCUAUGACAACCGAGGCUACACUACCAACAAGCAUUGGGUCUCCGGUCCCAACGCCGUGUUUUCCAAGAUCAUGACCGAGAUGUUCAGUGCAGAGCCUGCCGACAUGUACGACACCUUCUUCCUGAUGGAGAUGGAUGCCGUUCCCAUCAAGAGCCAUUGGCUUGACCAGUUCGAGACCGAGGCCCAUGAGAUGGCGGACAACAACAUGGCCGUCCGCGGGAGCCAGUACCUGGGUGACAAGUGGGAUCUCUUCAAAUCGAUGAUGCCAAAGUACUUGGUGGAGCACAUCAAUGGCAAUGCCAUGUACAACCUGAAGCAUCCUUGGACCAAGGCCGUGUACGACGCGUUCCGCAGCAUGGACGACGGCAGCAUGAUGGAAGAGAUGGCUUUCGACGUAGCCUUUGCAAUGAUUACCAUGGAUGCCAUGUCUGGGAACAGCAGUGAGUUUGCUGCCGCCUGGGCCGCGGCAGGGGGCAACAGCCAAACCUACAACUGGGACUCGAUGCUGGUGGGCAACUAUGCCAACACGCUUCUGAACAGCAGCUUUGAGUUCCCAACGUACAUCCGCCAUGGCUCGAGCAAGAACCUGUUCGAGAAUCUGGCAGAUGAGCACGUGACCCUGGGCGUGGCAAUGUUCGAUCAUCAGGGGCACUUCAAGGACACCGUUCCCACGCACCAUCCCUUCAAGAAGAUCCUGACUCUCACCUAUUUCCCGCAGCCGAACAUGACGGAGACGGUUCAGACACCGGUGGGCAAUGUGACCAUGAUGACGCAGGCGGCCACGGCGGAGCCUUUCUAUCAUCUCUGCGAGACCGCCAAGCUUGUAGACACGAAAUGGUUCGCCCUCACGGACAACUACCACAUCAUCAAGGCUCCGGUGAGUGUUCUGAUGGACGCUGACGAAAAGCCAGUGCUGCCCUACGUGCUCAGGAACUCCAAGUACUGCGGCGAACGCCCGAAUUGCGAGGCUUCUAUGCUGCAGGCAGAGGGUCUCUUCAGCAUCACACUGAACUACCAUCAUGACAAGUACGAGGUUCUGUACAAGACCGAGGAUGCUAAGAAGUUCUGCGAUGCAUGGGACCUCGCAACAUCAGGCACGGCAGCUGCGUCGUGGAGCAAUUGCAGCUUGUCCUUCGGCCCAACUGGCGAUGACUACAUCGCCUGGAAGAUCAGCGUGGACCAGAACAUCACCGAAGAGUUCACCCCAAAGGACAAGACGCGCUAUGGCUGGAGAGCCUGGACCAGCCUCUGGAAUCCGGCCCCAGUGGAUGCCCGCGAGUGCACGCCGAUGCUGUACGGCCCCAAGGAGUACCUGGAAACGCUCGGCAACAUCUCCAAGUGCGCGGUCGACUAUGUGGAGAAUGCCGGCGCAUGUGAAGCAGAUGCCGCGUGUGAGUGGAAGGCCAUGUUCGAGUCUGGCGUGUGCCUUCAGGAUCCCAAGAGCGUCACCACGACGACAACGCUGGAGGGAACAGUCUACAGCACCAUCGAAGUCACGUUGCCACUCACCGUGGACGAUGCAGCGGCGAUCCUCAACAACGACACCGUGCAGAAUGCCAUGAAGCAAGGCUUUGCGGAUGCGAUGGAUGUGGACGUGGAGGAUGUGAUGCUGGAGAUCCAAGCAGCACGACGUCUGAGCUCUCCGACACGGAAGCUUCAGACGGAGCUGUUGGCUGUGUUUUCCGUGAUCAUGGAAAGCCUCGACGAGGCCAUCGUGAAACAGGUCGAAAUCGAGACCGUGUCCCUGGAUGCAACCAACCGCGCCAUCGCCAGUGCCGUCGCAGCUGCGGGCUUCUCGGGCUCCGUGGAGGUGACUGGCAAGACCACCAUGCGAGCUGAGCCAUCGGAGUUGCAGGAUCAGCUGCGGCGCACCCCGAGAACAACUGCAGAGGACUUGCCCGAAGCGUGCAGCCGUGUCUCUGUUUGUUCCAUCUUUGAGAUGCCACGCCAUCUAGCGGUUCAGCAAGUUUCUCGUCGCCCGAGACUUGGCCGUGCACAUGCUGUACUAGGCGUCUCAUGGAUGCAUGAGUGUUCGACCUGCCACGCCUUUCACAAGCACCGCAAGCUCGACGACAUGAUGCAACAAUCGAGUCGUAUCUUCGAACCUUCUCUUGCUGCAGCGUUUGCUGCUCAAGCGCUGCUCUCCGAGUCCUACCCUCCCGUGACAGCCAUGAAGCUGCUGACCUGGACACUCGCUGCUCUGGGAGACGGGGCGCUGGGAAGGGCCGAGCCUUCUUCAUUGCCGCUGUUUGCUAGGCCAGUGCUUGUCGUCUCCCUCUUUCUCGUGCAGAGCCCUUCUGCAGGACAUCAGAAACUGGCAGUCGUCCGCGUGUUCUCAACUGACGAGGAGGUCCAGCUGCUCGAGGAAAGUGGCCCAGCUUGGGGACGGACGAGUCCAUGCGCUGUCAAGUCGAACAUGAGCGACAUCGAUCUCAUUUUGGUUUACAGCAAGGACUUGGCUUCGAACCCUACGGCCCUCCAGGUCGUUACGGAUCUGGAGAACGGCUUUCAGAAGUAUAUGGACAUGCAGAAUUACAACUCCUCGAACGUGACCACGGGUACGUCAUACGACUGGAUGAAGUGCUUCUCGGGUAUCCACCACAUGUCAGCCAUGUUGAACCCAGAGCAAGACGUCUAUGACAACCGAGGCUACACUACCAACAAGCAUUGGGUCUCCGGUCCCAAUGCGGUCUUUUCCAAGAUCAUGACCGAGAUGUUCAGUGCCGAGCCUGCCGACAUGUACGACACCUUCUUCCUGAUGGAGAUGGAUGCCGUUCCCAUCAAGAGCCAUUGGCUUGACCAGUUCGAGACCGAGGCCCAUGAGAUGGCGGACAACAACAUGGCCGUCCGUGGGAGCCAGUACCUGGGUGACAAGUGGGAUCUCUUCAAAUCGAUGAUGCCAAAGUACUUGGUGGAGCACAUCAAUGGCAAUGCCAUGUACAACCUGAAGCAUCCUUGGACCAAGGCCGUGUACGACGCGUUCCGCAGCAUGGACGACGGCAGCAUGAUGGAAGAGAUGGCUUUCGACGUGGCCUUUGCAAUGAUUACCAUGGAUGCCAUGUCUGGGAACAGCAGUGAGUUUGCUGCCGCCUGGGCCGCGGCAGGGGGCAACAGCCAAACCUACAACUGGGACUCGAUGCUGGUGGGCAACUAUGCCAACACGCUUCUGAACAGCAGCUUUGAGUUCCCAACGUACAUCCGCCAUGGCUCGAGCAAGAACCUGUUCGAGAAUCUGGCAGAUGAGCACGUGACCCUGGGCGUGGCAAUGUUCGAUCAUCAGGGGCACUUCAAGGACACCGUUCCCACGCACCAUCCCUUCAAGAAGAUCCUGACACUCACCUAUUUCCCGCAGCCGAACAUGACUGAGACGGUUCAGACACCGGUGGGCAAUGUGACCAUGAUGACGCAGGCGGCCACGGCGGAGCCUUUCUAUCAUCUCUGCGAGACCGCCAAGCUUGUAGACACGAAAUGGUUCGCCCUCACGGACAACUACCACAUCAUCAAGGCUCCGGUGAGUGUUUUGAUGGACGCUGACGAAAAGCCAGUGCUGCCCUACGUGCUCAGGAACUCCAAGUACUGCGGCGAACGCCCGAAUUGCGAGGCUUCUAUGCUGCAGGCAGAGGGUCUCUUCAGCAUCACACUGAACUACCAUCAUGACAAGUACGAGGUUCUGUACAAGACCGAGGAUGCUAAGAAGUUCUGCGAUGCAUGGGACCUCGCAACAUCAGGCACGGCAGCUGCGUCGUGGAGCAAUUGCAGCUUGUCCUUCGGCCCAACUGGCGAUGACUACAUCGCCUGGAAGAUCAGCGUGGACCAGAACAUCACCGAAGAGUUCACCCCAAAGGACAAGACGCGCUAUGGCUGGAGAGCCUGGACCAGCCUCUGGAAUCCGGCCCCAGUGGAUGCCCGCGAGUGCACGCCGAUGCUGUACGGCCCCAAGGAGUACCUGGAAACGCUCGGCAACAUCUCCAAGUGCGCGGUCGACUAUGUGGAGAAUGCCGGCGCAUGUGAAGCAGAUGCCGCGUGUGAGUGGAAGGCCAUGUUCGAGUCUGGCGUGUGCCUUCAGGAUCCCAAGAGCGUCACCACGACGACAACGCUGGAGGGAACAGUCUACAGCACCAUCGAAGUCACGUUGCCACUCACCGUGGACGAUGCAGCGGCGAUCCUCAACAACGACACCGUGCAGAAUGCCAUGAAGCAAGGCUUUGCGGAUGCGAUGGAUGUGGACGUGGAGGAUGUGAUGCUGGAGAUCCAAACAGCACGACGUCUGAGCUCUCCGACGCGGAAGCUUCAGACGGAGCUGUUGGCUGUGUUUUCCGUGAUCAUGGAAAGCCUCGACGAGGCCAUCGUGAAACAGGUCGAAAUCGAGACCGUGUCCCUGGAUGCAACCAACCGCGCCAUCGCCAGUGCCGUUGCAGCUGCGGGCUUCUCGGGCUCCGUGGAGGUGACUGGCAAGACCACCAUGCGAGUGCCUGCGCCGACAACCACGACGACCACCACGAGCACCGAAGCCAGCAAUACCACCACCAGUACCACGGACGGCGGUGACGACGGCGAUGCCGGCGACGAUGGCGACGACGGUGACGAGGAACCGCCCAGCUCGGCAAUCACCAAGACUGCCUCUUCUGUGCUGGGACUCCUCGUACUGUUGGGCUGGGCCUAA